AAAAAAAUGUUCAACUAAGCCGGCGAUUCCGUCGUUCGUCCAUUUCCCCGAUCAGAACUAAACAUUGAUCGCUGCGUAAAUCUCAGACUCUGCUUCUGCUCUCUCUAAUGGCGACGACUCAUAUUCAUAUAACCCCAAAUCCUAAAACCCAAACGCCUCACCAAAACCCUCCCUUUUGGUUCUCUCCCAAAACAGGAAUCUACACCAGCAAAUUCCCCUCCGUCCACCUCCCCGUCGACCCUAAUCUCGACGCCGUCUCUGCCCUUUUCUCUCACUGUCACCACGGGGAUGUCGCCCUCGUCGAUUCCUUAACUGGGUUUUCGAUAUCUCACGUUGAGCUUCAGAUUAUGGUUCAAUCCAUGGCGGCUGGGAUUUAUCACCAUUUGGGUGUUCGUCAAGGUGACGUUGUAUCCCUCGUGUUGCCUAAUUCCGUCUACUUCCCAUUGAUCUUCCUCUCUUUGGUUUCGAUUGGUGCCAUUGUUACUACCAUGAAUCCUUCGAGUAGUUUGGGAGAGAUUAAGAAGCAAGUGAGUGAGUGUAACGUUGGUUUAGCCUUUACUUCUACUGAAAACGCCGAGAAGUUGACUUCUUUGGGGGUAAUGGUGAUUAGGGUACCUGAAAGUUACGAUUUUGAUUUGAUUCGAAUUGAGAACCCUGAGUUUUACAGGAUUAUUAAAGGAAGUUUCGGAUUUGUACCUAAACCGUUGAUUAAGCAGGACGAUGUAGCUGCAGUUAUGUAUUCCUCUGGGACAACUGGUGCUAGUAAAGGAGUUUUGCUAACUCACAGGAAUUUGAUAGCAUCAAUGGAGCUUUUUGUGAGGUUUGAAGCUUCACAAUACGAAUAUCCUGGCUCGAGUAAUGUUUAUCUAGCAGCUUUGCCGAUGUGCCAUAUCUAUGGGUUAUCACUCUUUGUGAUGGGAUUGUUGUCUCUGGGAUCAACCAUUGUUGUUAUGAGGAGGUUUAGUGUUUCUGAUGUUAUUAAUGUAAUCGAAAGGUUUAAGAUCACUCAUUUUCCGGUUGUUCCACCUAUGUUGAUGGCAUUGACAAAGAAGGCAAAAGGAGUGUGUGGGGAAGUGUUUAAAAGCUUGAAGCAAGUUUCUUCUGGAGCAGCUCCUUUAAGUAGAAAAUUCAUUGAAGAUUUCCUUGGGACUCUUCCUCAUGUCGAUUUGAUUCAGGGAUAUGGAAUGACUGAAUCAACUGCGGUUGGAACACGUGGCUUCAACUCGAAAAAUCUUAGUAGGCAUUCUUCUGUGGGACUACUUGCUCCUAAUAUGCAAGCCAAGGUAGUUGAUUGGAGCUCUGGUUCUUUCCUUCCACCAGGAAACCGAGGAGAGCUCUGGAUACAAGGUCCUGGUGUCAUGAAAGGAUACUUGAAUAACCCGAAAGCAACUCAGAUGACAAUUGUUGAAGAUAGUUGGUUACGUACUGGGGAUAUUGCUUAUUUUAAUGAAGAUGGUUACUUGUUUAUCGUUGACCGGAUAAAGGAGAUAAUAAAGUACAAAGGGUUUCAGAUCGCACCAGCAGAUUUGGAGGCUGUUCUUGUUUCACAUCCUUUGAUUCUCGACGCUGCAGUAACAGCUGCACCAAAUGAAGAAUGUGGAGAGAUUCCGGUAGCAUUUGUUGUCCGGAGACAAGAAACAACACUUUCAGAACAAGAUGUAAUAAACUAUGUAGCUGCUCAGGUUGCACCAUACCGGAAGGUGAGAAAAGUGGUGAUGGUUAGCUCUAUACCUAAAUCUCCAACUGGGAAGAUAUUGAGAAAGGAACUAAAGAGAAUUCUUACAAACACUAUUUCUUCAAGACUAUGAUUCUUCCAAAUUCGUUAACCUUCUUUUUGGUAAUAAUAGCGCACAGAUUUAGCAUUCAAUUAUUCAUUGGUUUUGUAGCUUCAAAAGAAACGAAGCACGGACACCUUUUUUGUGUGUUCUUUGAUUCUUCAAAUAAGCAUUGUAACUCAACCCGGAAACAAAGAACUUGUUUUGAGCCCUAAAGUGUAAAUUGGCAUCAUACUUUAAUUUACAAAAAUAGUCCUUUUAAUC